AUGCUGGACCCCCUAGGCGCCCCGCCCGAGUGGCUGCGGACUUUUAUCGAGCCCUAUGCCCUCGCGCUGAACAGUCCAACACUUACCGAACAUAUUCAUGAAGUGAUCGGCGCCUUUCUCUUCUAUCAGUUCAUCCACUCGGUGGUCUCGCCGUGGUUGUCGCCGAUCCUUUUCCCCCGCUCAUACCCGGCGCUUAAUGCCCGCACCAAGUUGAACUGGGAUAUCCAUGUCGUCUCCUUCAUUCAAAGUGUGCUGAUCAAUGUCAUGGCACUGUGGAUUAUGUUCGUCGAUGACGAGCGCCGGUCUAUGACAGCUGGUGAGCGUGUCUUCGGAUAUACCGGUGCCUGUGGCUUGAUUCAGGCUCUGGCUGUUGGAUACUUUAUUUAUGACCUGAUCGUGAGCGCUCAACAUCUUUCGAUGUUUGGCAUUGGGAUGCUGUUCCAUGCUGUCAGCGCGCUCUGGGUGUUUAGCCUUGGCUUUAGACCCUUUGUCAACUACUAUGCUCCUGUCUUCAUCCUCUAUGAGCUCUCCAGCCCGUUCCUCAAUAUCCACUGGUUCCUUGACAAAGUCAACAUGACCGGCAGCCGCGCCCAGUGGUACAACGGCAUGAUGCUCCUCUCCGUCUUCUUCUGCUGUCGCCUGGUCUGGGGAACCUGGCAAUCCAUUGUUGUCUACAAAGACAUGUGGUAUGCACUCCAGCACACCUGGUCUGCGGCUUCGGCGUCGCCCCUUGAGGCACCCGUGGAUAUCAAUGCCAAUGUUUUCAAAUUGCGGGACGGCGCCAUGUGUGUCGACGAGACAUGUGCUCGCGCUAAUGCCGAAAUCGCCCGCUUUAAGGAUUACACGUCCGGCGGCGUACCCACCUGGUUGAUCCUGACGUAUGUUGUGUCCAAUCUGAUCCUGAACUUCCUGAACUAUUUCUGGUUCUCGAAGAUGGUGGAUACUGUCCUCAAGCGCUUCCGCGGCCCCCCUGCUGGUGCCGAGGAAAAGAAGCGGGCUGAGGAGAAGCCCGCGAAUAUUGAGGAUCUCGCACGCGAGGUUGUCAUCGAGGCUGCCGCGAAGCUGGUGGAAGAGGAGGAGGGUGUAGUCAUGAGGGGCGAGCUGCCUCUGACCGCUGAGCAAAUCUCAUCGGCCAUCGAUGCCACUCUCCCCGAGGAGUUGCGACGGCGCCGGGCAGAGUUGAUUGCUAAGAUACCACUACAACGGUCAUAA